CCCACUUCAGCCAGGCCAGGAAGGACAUGACCAGGGUCCAGAAGGCUCGGGCUGGGCUGGGCAGGGCUGCACGUGGAGUUGGUUGGGGCAGGUGGGAGCAGGUGGAGCUGGUUGGGGAUGGGAUGCAGGUGGGGGCUGGAGAAGCUGCUAUUUAAGGAGGGGUGGGGGUUGGCUCUAAGCCUGCAAUUCGGAGGCCUUGUCUCGCGGGAGUUCAUGCCCCUGCUGGCUGUGGGGCCGGCAGAGCCCACCACCGGCAGCAUGGGCAGGGGGAGCCUCUGGCCUUGGGUGCUGGCUCUGCUCUCUUUGCCAGGUUUGAUCCUAGGAGCACCCUCAGCCUCUGGCUGCCCAGGAGCCUGUGAGACCAGAGUGUCAGAAGGCCUCACCCCUGAGGAGACCCAGACGUCUUGGGACAAGGACAUCCCUGCGAUUAACCAAGGGCUCAUCCCAGAGGAAGCUCCAGAGAACAGCUUUCUCCUCGAGGGGGACAUCCUCCGGCCGAGUCCCUUCCGGCUGUUCUCGGCCACCAACGACAAAUGGCCCAAGAAUGCGGGCCUCGUGGAGAUCCCCUUCCUGCUCUCCAGCAAGUAUGAUAAGCCCAGCCGCCAAGUCAUCCUGGAGGCAUUUGCUGAGUUUGAACGCUUCACGUGCAUCAGGUUUGUCCCCUACGAGGGCCAGAGGGACUUCAUUUCCAUCGUCCCCAUGUCUGGGUGCUUCUCUAGCAUAGGACGCAGUGGAGGGAUGCAGCUGGUAUCCCUGGCACCCAGCUGUCUCCAGAGGGGCCGGGGCAUCGUCCUGCAUGAGCUCAUGCACGUGCUGGGCUUCUGGCAUGAGCAUUCGCGGGCUGACCGGGACCGCUACAUCCGUGUGAACUGGAACGAGAUCCUCCCAGGUUUUGAAAUCAAUUUCAUCAAAUCUCUGAGCAGCAACAUGCUGGUGCCCUAUGAUUACUCGUCCGUGAUGCACUAUGGGAGGCUCGCCUUCAGCCGGCGCGGGCUGCCCACCAUCACACCGCUCUGGGCCCCCAGCAUCCACAUUGGCCAGCGAUGGAACCUGAGCACCUCUGACAUCACACGGGUCGUCCGGUUUUAUGACUGCAGCUCGAGUGGCCAAGACCCCCGUGGGAAAGGUGAGUGACAAGGGGCAGAGGGAUUUGAGGAACCAGAAGAAGGUUCCUGUGUUGAGGUGGUGUUAGCGAGGGUGGAGUAGGUGAGAGUUGAGGCUGCAGAGGUGAGCAGGGCGAGAUCAGGGGCUCGCCACAAGAGACGCAGGAAAAGCAUUUGAAAAAAAGUUACCACUCACAAU